AGGGAAUGCUUGUGACUUUUGACUGCUCACUAUAUUAUCUAUGGUUAUGGUUUCUGGUUUUAUUACAUUUUGCCGUUCCUGAGUUGUAUUACCUUUUUGCAUUGACGAAGUUCAAAGAUUGUGCAAAUGACUGAAAUGGACGCAGACUUGUACCCUGACUAUGAGGACGAUGAUGAUGGGGAAAGCGAUGAGGAUAGCGAUGACCUGUAUGUUGGGCAACUUGAGGCCUCAAUGUCUUCAGAGAACCAGUACUAUUCCCAGGCAGACAAACGGGCGCACCAUAACGCUUUGGAGCGUAAACGACGCGAUCAUAUCAAAGACAGCUUCACUAAUUUGCAUAAUUCCGUGCCUGUAUUACAAGGACAAAAGGCCAGUAGGGCGCAAAUUUUGCACAAGUCGGCUGAGUAUAUCACAGUCAUGAAAAAGAGGACUAAUGAUGCCCGCCUGUACAUCAGCGAUUUGAUACGGACAAAUAAUACGUUGGAGUCUGAACUUAAUGUGCUCAAAAGGGUCCGUAGAAAUGGAAUAUUUCCCGUGGAAAUGAUGAGAAACAUGGACCUCGAAUCACUGAGUGACACUGAAACCUCAGACUCAUCAGACUUAUCAGAUGAAGACGAUGAAAGGCAGGCGGGGCGCCGUCGCCAAAUAAAAAGGGCCAGAAGGAGAUAUUAAUAUAAGAUAUAGAAGGGGAAAAACGUCCC